AAUGUAUUUACAGACUGUCUAGACAAUCUGUCCAUCUUACCAGCAAAAUGAGUGAUUCAAAAACAUUUUCAAUCUUCACAUAUCUCCUGUUACUACCCGCGUCACACAGUUUCCAUGUUGCUGGUAUUUCAGAAAGGGAGUAUUCCAAAGAAAUAAGCACAACAACGCAUUAUUGCUGGAAAAAGGAGGGGUUUUCGAUUUUGUCAGAAUAUGCUCAGUGCAACCCAUUUCAGAUGAAACUGUGGACACCAUGCGAUCAAACUGGAUUCAUAGAAAAGAUCAACUGUGCAAAGUCCAACACAGUUGAAUACAAGAACUGCCAUUCCUUUUGGAUGGAGGAGAGCCUCUUCUGGAGGUUUGAAUGGGUCAUGAUGGGCCUGAUGGUUGCCUUUGUGCUGGUGGUCGUAACACGUCAGAGAAUCUUGGACCACCUAGCCUCUGAAAAGGUCCGCAGAUCCAAUCCAUAUAGCCGGGGCUAGGUGCUGUAGUGAAGCGUUCAACCAUAGAUCAAGAGUUCUUGAAUGAUAGCACCUGCACUUCACUAGAUGUUUUUUUGGGAUCUGCGUUCUGUUUUGAUCCAAUGUCUUGAGGACUUAUUCAUAUGGGUAAUUAUGAGUAUGGGUAAUUAUGGGUGUGGGCAAUAAUGGGUGUGGGU